GUGUGCAACCUCUUCUUGCAUUUGGCAACGUUUCAUCGGCUUGCACGGACUUACUAAAAUGGCGUCUGCUCCCGAUUACACCUCGUACAACCAGAGUGGUGCUCAGCAGGGGUAUGCCUCCUAUGCUGCCCAGCCAUCACAGAAUUAUGGCCAGUCAGCACAGCAAGGCUAUGGCCAGCAGAAUUAUGGAUCAUACACUCAGCCUGCUGCAGCUGCUGCUGAUAGCAGUUAUACCCAGACAACCCCAGCAGCUGGAGGAUAUCCUCAACAGCAACAACAAUAUGGGUCAUCAUAUGGCCAGCAACCAGCAACUGGUUAUCCUCCUACCCAGUCUACUGCUCAUGGCUAUUCACAGUCAGCCCAGGGUUAUGGAGCCAGUAGUUAUGAUGGCACUCCUGCUACUGCAGCUGCUCCAGCUGCCUCUCAGUCUUAUGGGUCUCAGCCAGGGUACACUGCCCAAUCUGCCUACCCUGGAUAUGGUCAACAAGCUGCACCUUCUGCACCACAGAGUGCUAACAGCCAACCGGCUAGUUACAACCAAAGCUCCUACUCCCAACCAACAUCUUAUGGACAGCAGCAGCCUGGAUACCAGGGUCAGCAGACUGGAUACAGCCAGCAGCAGGGCUACCAACAACAGACCCCACCGCAGCAACAGGCUCCUCCUGCUUACCCUCCUCAGGGUGCUGGUUCCUACGGGCAACCAGCAGCCAAUCAAUACAGCCAACAAGGUGGACCACCCAGUUAUAACCAGUCUGGCCCUUAUAACAACUACAGACAGGAUGGCCAAGGUGGAGGUUCUGGCUAUCCAGGGUCUGAACCUGGAAGGUACCCUGGAGGAGGAGGAGGAGACAGCAGGGGUCCGGGAAGGGAUGGCUUUGAACGAGGUGGAAUGAUGCAUCGUGGGCGAGGAAUGGGUCGUGGAAUGGGCAGCGCUGGAGACAGAGGUGGCUUCAGUAAGCCUGGUGGACCCAUGGGUGGUGAUGAACGCGAAAUGGGACGUCCAGAAGAGCAAGAUGACUCUGAGAACAGCACCAUUUACAUCACUGGGUUGACUGAGAAGGCCAAUAUAGAGGAAAUGGCCGAAUUCUUUAAGCACGUUGGGCCAAUAAGGAUGAAUCGCAGACUGGGUCAGCCUGCUAUCAACAUCUACACAGACAAAGACUCAGGAAAGCCUAAAGGUGAUGCCACCCUGUCCUAUGAGGAGCCCGUCUGUGCCAAAGCAGCUGUGGAGCAUUUUGAUGGGAAAGAGUUUCAAGGACGAAGACUCAAGGUGUCCAUGGCGCGCCGAAAGCCCAUGAUGGGUGGAAUGAGAGGCGGCAUGCCCAUGCGUGACGGCAUGAUGGGCCGUGGAGGUAUGAUGGGACGAGGAGGGGAUCGUGGAGGCUUUGGUCCACGAGGCGGUCCACGUGGAAUGGGCAGAGGUGGACCAACAGGAGGCAACAUGCAGCAAAGAGCUGGCGACUGGGAGUGUCCUAAUCCGGGUUGUGGUAACCAAAACUUUGCUUGGAGGAUGGAGUGUAACCAGUGCAAAGCCCCCAAACCCGAGGGCUUAGGUGGUGGUCCUCCUUUCCCCCCAGGUGGUGAGAGAGGCCGAGGCGGACCUGGAAUGCGUGGGGGCAGAGGUAUGGAUCGUGGUGGGCCAGCAGGAGUCGGAGGCCCAGGUGGACCCGGCGGUUUCCGUGGAGGUUGGGGAGGGGACCGCGGUGGAUUCAGAGGACGUGGAGGAAUGGACAGGGGAGGGUUCCGCGGAGCCGGGCGUGGAGGACCGCCCAUGGACCGAAUGGGUGGCAGAGGGGGAAGAGGAAUGGGACCACCUGGGGGCAAGAUGGAUAUGAGGGACCACCGCCAGGAGCGCAGAGACCGACCUUAUUGAAGGAGAACUUCUUGAUAUUCCUGUUGUGGAAUUUGAUUUUUAAAAGAAGUUUUAAUUUAUGAUUCCAUAUUUUGAUGGUUAUAGAACUGCGUUCAUUCAACCUGUGCAGUUUGUCCACUCUGGUUACCUUUUUUUAUUUUCUUUUUUUAGUUACCGUGUUUACGUUGCAUUCUGUAUUGUGCAUGUUUCAGUUAGAUUUUAAAUAUCAUUAGGUUUGACAUUGUAUCGUAAAUCCAAUAUUUUUCAUUGGUUGAUGUAACGGCCCCUCCUUUUCCGUAAACUUACAGUUGUAUGAUGAUGAUGAUAAAAAAACUUGGGAAAUAAAAUUUUGCGAAUUUCA